UUGAUAAUGUCAAACUGACGCGUAAUCAAAGCUGCCAGGAUUCACAAAUACAGAACAACUCCAGUUUUUAUUUACCAUCGAAAAUGGAUGCAUCCGUGGAUGAUCUGUUAUCGUUCAAAGAGUUUCCGCUAAUGAAUGAAGCUAGUGGAAGUCAAAGUGCACAAAUCAACAUAAAUUCACCGCAGCGAGCAGUUCCCAGUAUCGACGAUCAGGAUGACCAAGAUGGAACGGCUAAAGGCAGUGGCUCAGCGAAGGGAGGUUCAAUUUUCAGUUUCGAGUACUACCAACGCUUUUUCGACGUUGAUACUAUGAUUGUGGUGGAUCGCAUUGCUACAUCGAUGAUUCCCAAGCGCGCUCCCAUCAACUACCUGAAGCUAAACAUUGCCACGAAUCCGGAUCUCUAUGGACCCGUUUGGAUCGUGUUAACCUUGAUUUUCACAAUUGCCAUUUCCGGCAACAUGGCGAGCUAUUUACAAAACACGGGCAAUCACCACUGGCGGUACAAUUUCCAUCUCGUUUCGUACUCUGCUACUGCGAUUAUAAUGUACACCCUGUUAGUUCCCUGUGCUCUCUGGGGAUUUCUGAAGUGGAGUAUACGUCCCAGUGAAUUAGAUAUGGAAGAGGAAGAGGUUGUUGGAUCCCCGAGCUUGUUGUCACUGGUCUGCAUCUACGGUUAUUCACUAGCAAUCUACAUCCCGGUAUCUGUUCUCUGGACCAUUCAGGUAUCACUGUUCCAAUGGCUACUGGUAAUCACUGGAGCAUUUUUGUCCGGAUUUGCCCUACUAACGAUACUGAUGCCGGCUGUGAAAAAGUCAAAGUACUCGCUCUUCAUCGUGUUGGCAAUCGAACUGGCACAUUUUGCUCUGGCGGCUGGUUUUAUGCUUUAUUUUUUCCAUGCACCCGAUAUAGAUACCCCAGUGGAAACACCUUUGCCCAAAGCGAUCACCAGUGUGAUAGUCAACACGACUAUGCAAAGCAAAAAUGCAUAAAUCGAGGAACUGUAGUAAGAAUUUAACGUCCUGAAAGUCUUGAGUCCUUACAGUAUGAUAUAUUAUUCGGUCAAAAUGCUUGAAAUGCUUUAAAGAUGCAAAAUAUAGCUUGAUUUAUUGUUUAGAAAUAAAAACAAACUCUUUGAAAGUGUGUGGACUGACGUA